AUUGAUCAUAUGAUUCCAAUUCUGAUCAGCAUACCGACUCUUAGAAACCCAAAAGUUUGUGGCCCGGCAGGCACUACUUAUCCAGCCACACCCAAAUCAGCACAAAAUGCAUAACCCAGCUCAAUCAUCACAUCUACACGUGCCACAUCUUCCUCAUCUCAAUUUCUGGCUUAUUUUACUUUUCCAUUUCCAACAACAACCUCUCGCAUCUCAAUUUCUGAGCCUUAUAUUACUACCACCACUUGUUAAAGAAUAAUUGAGAAUAUUAGGUGAAAAUAUGGGAACAAAUUAGUGCUUACUUACACAAGAGGGAAUUAAUUCCUUCCCCAACGUGAAUGGAUUAUAUUAUCCAAAAUCCAAUUCCAGUAUACGAAUAAUCCUUUUUUUUUCAACACGUUUCAUUACCAGUUCGGCAAAAUCACUUAUUAAUGCUUAUUAUGCUUAUGCCAGUGGUGAAGUUGCAUUUUCGCUUUUGAUUUUCAAACGCUAAUUUCGCGGUGCAGAAUCUGAUUCUCUUCCAUCAUCACCAUGUUCAAGGCUAUUUAAUCAGUAAUUAAUCACUGCACGAUGCGAAUUCCUAAGAGGCUAUUCUCAUUUUCUCUUUCUUACUUCUCUCCUCGGCUCGUAGCGCCUCUUUUAUCUUCUCGGAUUUGUUUUGCGUUUGGAAUUUGCGGUAAAGCUUCUCGUAGCUUCGUCAAUAUUGCAUCACCAGGUGCUAGCAAGGUGCAUUCUCAAUAUUCAAUGGAUGAGAACCACGAUGUUGGUCUGCAUGACUCAAAAUCAAUUGGCAGAAAUAGUGAAAAACAGCCACAUGUAUGGUCAUCUUCUCCUGAACAUGGAUCUAGAACUGAUAUAGGCAAACAAAUAUUUUGUAACCGGUCACUAAAUAUGAAGAACAUUGUUGCUGUGGGAUUUGACAUGGAUUAUACUCUGGCACAAUACAAGCCUGAAACUUUUGAAUCUCUUGCUUAUCAAGGCACAAUUAAAAAGCUGGUUUAUGAUUUGGGAUAUCCUAGUGAGUUGCUAAAUUGGUCUUUUAAUUGGAAGUACAUGGUCAGGGGCUUGGUUCUUGACAAAAAAAGAGGAAAUAUAUUGAAGAUGGAUCGCCACAAAUAUGUGAAAGUAGCUUAUCAUGGAUUUAGAGAAUUGUCAAAAGAAGAUAAAGUUGGGACCUACGGUAAUACUUUAAUACGCGAUUCAUUUGACGAGCCAGACUAUGCUCUAAUUGAUACACUUUUCUCUCUCGCGGAAGCCUACUUGUUUGCUCAACUGGUUGAUUUUAAGGAUUGUAAUCCUGGAAAGAUUCGAGAGGGUGUCGAUUAUGCUCGCAUGUAUAAAGAUGUACGAGCUGCUGUUGACUUGUGCCACCGUGAUGGGACAUUGAAGCAAAUGGUGGCUAAAGAUCCUGGAAGAUAUAUCAAUGAAGACACCAUGAUAGUGCCGAUGCUUGAAAUGCUCAGAGAAUCUGGACGUGCAACAUUUUUAGUGACAAAUAGUUUAUGGGACUAUACAAAUACUGUCAUGAAUUUCCUCUGUGGAUCCAGACAGGUAGAUGGCAGUAACAAUUUUGAAUGGCUUCAAUACUUUGACGUGGUUAUCACUGGCAGUGCAAAGCCAGGAUUUUUUCUCGAGGAAAAUCGUGCCAACCUAUUUGAGGUUGUGCCUGAGACUGGAAUGCUUCUCAAUACAGAUAAUGGCUCUCCUAUGCCUCAGGUGGGGAACAUCUCUGCAAGGAUAUUCACAGAAUCAAAGAAUCACGCUUGCCAAGCUUUCCAGGGAGGCAAUGUCGCUCAUCUGCAUAAACUUCUUUCCAUUGAAUCAAGUUCACAGGUUCUGUAUGUUGGGGAUCACAUUUAUGGAGACAUACUACGUAGCAAAAAGGUUCUUGGAUGGAGAACAAUGCUUGUAAUCCCAGAGCUGGAGAAGGAAGUUAAACUCCUCUGGGAGUCAAGGGACACCCGAAAGGAAGAACUUUACUUGAAUAGUCUCAUGCAGGAGCUUCAAUUCUUGAGGAGUGAGCGUGAUCGCAUUGAGGAUGAAGUACAUCAUUUGAAGUGGUCUCUCAAAUUCAAGAACCCAGAUGCUGUUGCCAAGCAAAAGUUAUCUUCAGCACUUAAUAAAUUGGAGCUUGAAAGAGAGAGAAUGCGGUUAAUCCAUCAAGAAGCUCAAAGAAAAUUACAUCUAGGGUUUCACGAACCAUGGGGACAGCUUAUGAAAACUGGUUAUCAGAAUUCUCGCUUUGCUCAUCAGGUUGAGAGAUUUGCCUGCCUUUAUACUAGCCAAGUAUCUAACCUGGCGUUGCACUCUCCAGAUAAGUAUUACAGACCUAGUGAAGAUUUUAUGCAGCAUGAAUUUGGAAUUCUCGGUUCUGAGUCACGAGAAAUAUAAGUUCAGAAAUUUGGAGUUGCAUCCGGUUGGGUUUGGAAAGUUGUAUUCUGAUCUGUUGUUCGUUUCGGACUCCUAUCUCCCUUUUCAAGCUCAUUUUCGUAAUUCGAUGCGCCAUAUGAUAUUUUAUAAAUGCUAGAUUUAUCAUCAAAUAUUGUAUAGUUCGGUCCACCCCUAAUGUGGGGGGUCCUAGUGUGCAGUAGCAAUUACAGAAAUUGAGUGCCAUUCAAAAAAAAAAGUUACAAAAAUUAAGUGUCUUCAUUUAAUAUACUUGCAGAUAACCAGUUACUUUGCCAAGUGUAAAUAAGUUUUCAUUGAUUGAUAUUCACUAUUUUUUUAUA